CCGUGCCUUCCACAUAUGGGAACACGGAGUGUCAGCAGCAUACACAUACACAGUGUGUGGGAGAGACAGCGUUCCGGAAUAACACACACACACCCCAGCGAUCACUCCCGGAGCACGAUCCCAACCCGAGCUCGCUGCUGCAAUAAACGGAGCCAACAAAAACAAAAAAAAACGGAGCAGGAGCGGCAGCGCCAACAUCGUCAUUGUCGACGGGAACCAGGAUCGGAGCAGGAUCAGGGAGCAAACCAGGAUCAAAUCAGCAGUGGGAUUAGAGAGAGACCAGCAUCAAACCAGGAGCAGGUUCAGACUUGGAGCAAGAUUGGAAGGGAAACCAGGAACGGAUUUGGAGUACAAUCAACGCAGGAAGUCAGGAUCAGACCAGCAAUUGGAUUAGACCAGGAGCGAUAUCAGAGGAGAACCAAGACCAGCAGCAAGAUUAAACCAGGCUCAAACCAAGAGCAAGGUGUGAGGGGAAAUUAGGAUUAGACCAGGAGCAGCAUCAGAAAGAAAACUGAUAGUUUACCUGGAGCUGAAUGAGAGGGGAACCCAGAGUAAACUUGGAGCAAGGUUUGGGGAGGACUGGGAUCAGGAUAAAGUUUGUUCAGGAUUGCCUUUGGUAGAUCAGGCACGUCUUCACACCGAUUCUAUCUCAGGGUUGUUGCUGCAGCUACUGUUUCACAUUGUCCAAAUUGAGCCCUGCUUUCAGGUUAGUGUUCUACUUAGGAUUCCUCCCUGGAGGAGUACAUUUCAGGCAUUUUCCUGCUGAAAGGGUUGCAGAGAUCCUGACAUUUGGUCGUAUAUUGAUGAAUUGGCUGAUUAUCAAUAAAUUGGACCCUGAUUAUUGACUGAUGAAUUGUCACACCAUCAAUCUAUCAUUGUUGGAUUAUCCAUUCAUUGGAGCCAAGUUACCAAUAGAUCAGGAUUUAAUUAUUGCCUGAUGGAUCAUCAGUUAAUUGUCACUUUCUGGAUUAACAAAACUGGAUUAUCACCCGAUUGUUACUGGAUUAUCACUUGACUGGAACCAGAUCACUGACUGACUCGUAAAUCAGAGGGUACUUGUCAUAUGAUCAAUUGAUUGGCACGGUAUCAUUGAUUUCUCCUCUGUUGCCAAUCUGAGCCAGUGCUGCAUUAUCAAUUAGAGCUGAUCACUUCUGAUUGAUCAAUUUUAAAUCGUCUACAGUGGAUCCAUCUUUGAUUCUGGUGGUUUGAAGACCUGCCUAUAAAUCCUGGAAAUCUUCCCGUCUCCCCCUCUCCCACCAUCCUGUCAUUAAAAGUUUCUUGAUUCGGGAAAAAUGUGAAACAGAUUUCAGGAGUUGGGGGGGGGUGGGGGAUGUGAGGUGUGAGGGGAGAUGUCGAAAGAAUCAGCGCUCAGAUUGGACCUGUCCAGUGAUGUAUUGAUACCUGACCCUGGGCCAUAUUCUGCUCCAGUGCUGGGUGCGAUACCUGGUUGCAGUCAUCUCCGCCCCUCUUCCUACAGAGCACUGCGUAGCGCUGUCUCCACCUUGACCAGGAUCGAUGAUUUCCACUGUGAGAAAAUUGGGUCAGGAUUCUUCUCUGAGGUGUUCAAGGUACGACACCGGAUAUCUGGGCAGGUGAUGGUUCUCAAGAUGAAUAAGCUGCCGAGUAACCGCGCCAACAUGCUUCGUGAGGUGCAGCUGAUGAAUCGGCUCUCGCACCCCAACAUCCUGCGAUUCAUGGGUGUCUGUGUUCAUGAAGGCCAGUUACAUGCUCUGACAGAGUAUAUCAAUGGAGGGAGCCUCGAGCAGGUACUAGGCAGCAAUGAGUAUCUGUCUUGGUUGGUGAAGAUCAAGCUGGCACUGGACAUUGCAAAAGGCCUGUGCUACCUGCACUCCAAGGGAAUCUUCCAUCGCGAUUUGACAUCAAAGAAUUGCCUGGUGAAGCAUGAAGGGAAGUCAUACACAGCUGUGGUGGGAGACUUUGGCCUUUCAGAAAAAAUCCCGAAUUAUAGUGGUGAUGGGGAGAAGGAGCCCUUGGCAGUGGUUGGAUCACCAUACUGGAUGGCACCUGAGGUCCUGAGGGGAGAAUUAUACGAUGAGAAGACGGAUGUCUUCGCUUAUGGCAUCAUUUUGUGCGAGAUCAUUGCCCGGAUACCAGCUGAUCCAGAUUAUCUGCCCCGCACUGCGGACUUCGGCCUAGAUGUGAAUACUUUCGAGACGAUGGUGGGAGACUGUCCGCCUUCAUUCUUGAAGCUGGCUAUCCACUGCUGCGUUAUGGAUUCCACCCAACGGCCGUCCUUUGCAGAGAUUGUCCAGAAGCUGGAGACGAUGCUGAAUCUCUGUAAAAACACAGAUUCUGGGCUGGAGAAUGCAGAACAGCACCUCACUGUGGAAGUUUCAACUGUACACAAUGGGAACAAUGAGUGUGAAUGGAGUGGAAGCGGAGGCCCGGCCCGAGAUGUUUCCAAUAGCCUGCGAGUGCAAUGCGAGCCUCGUUUGUCCCGGAGCUACUCGGACAUGUUCUCCCGGUCGGCCCUGGGAGCUGAGGGCCUGGGCCCGGCCGCACGGGUCAACCCGUUCUCCGGCCGGGACGACCUGAAAGGCGGCAAGACCAAACUGUACGACUCGCCGAGCCGCUCGGUCAUCUCGCUGAGCUUCGACCUGCUGCCACUGCCACCACCUCCGCCGCCGUCCCCCUCGGCGAUGCUAGCCGCCCAGCCACUCACCCCGGAGCCGCUGAACCCAGCUCGAAGCGGCCUCCCCUGCGGAGCGCCACCCGCCCGUCGGUGCCGUUCACUGCCCGAACUCCGACGCCUGGGAGGGCGGGGCCAAGCCGGCUCUGACCUCUCACCCCGGCAGGGUCAGAGGGCAUGGGUCCAGGCCUAUCGGAGGGAGGAGGAGGAGGAUCACGGCGGCCGAGGAGGCGGUGACGGCGCCGGUGGAAAGACGGAGGAGACAGGAGCAGACUCACCUGGUAGAUCGCCGCUCGUUGAUCGCACCGACAGGCCCUCGCUUUCCAGGACCGUCCGCGCUGACGGCGGGCCACCUCGUUCUCCGGAGACCGAUGCGGCGGUGAGCGAACGGCACCGGCAGUCCUUCUCCCACAUUCCCUGCUCCUCCGAGCCGGUGGGGGGCGUGCGUGCGCAGCAUCUGCCGGGAAGCGCGCCUGCGUUCAACGUCCCGAACCUGGCGGUUGAGUUGACUCCGUCUGCGCUCCCGUACUGGCCCGUCGACGUGACUGCGCCUGCGCCUUCUUGCCGGCCUGUUGAUGUGAAUACACCGGUUGUUCGGACGCUCUCGCAGAAUGCGCUUGCGCCGGUGGCCGGCUCCUUGAUGGGGAGCACAGAGCAAGAGACAGACGAGCGGCUCUCAUGUCCCGGCUGCUGCCUGGGUGCUUUCGCCUUCCCUUUCCCCCCGGUCUGUUUGCGUUCCAACAACCAGCCGGCCCGAUACCCAGAGCUCAACUGUGAGUCUGACCGCCUUAUUGGUGAGGAGGAGGGUGUGGCGAUGCCGGCUGGUAGCAGUCACCCGGUCUAGGUGCCUGGGGCCGUGUCUCCGUGUGAGAUCCACUUUGUCACUCUCUCUCUGAACUCACCCUCCCUCUCCUCAAAAACCACCCUCCUCCAACACCACCACCUAAUAUCCUCCAAGAACUACUUUCAAAAUCACCUUCUGAACACACAAAAUCCCCAAUAUCACCCUCUGCACACACA